AGUUCCUUCUAAAUGGCGUCUCUCCUGUGCUGUGGGCCGAAGCUGGCCGCCUGCGGCAUCGUCCUCAGCGCCUGGGGAGUGAUCAUGUUGAUAAUGCUCGGAAUAUUUUUCAACGUCCAUUCCGCUGUGUUAAUUGAGGACGUUCCCUUCACGGAGAAAGAUUUUGAGAAUGGCCCCCAGAAAAUAUACAACCUUUACGAGCAAGUGAGCUACAACUGUUUCAUCGCCGCGGGCCUUUACCUCCUCCUCGGAGGCUUCUCAUUCUGCCAAGUUCGGCUCAAUAAGCGCAAAGAAUAUAUGGUGCGCUAGAGGUCCAGUUUCCCCUCCCCAGCCCCCUCCUCUAUUUAAAGACUCCCUCCACCCUCACCUGGGUCGUUUUACCCAUUCUAGCGCUCUCUCCGGGACUGGGUUUCACGGGCUAGAGACUGAAUCCCUUGUUCCCCCUCGGGCCCUAGAGCAAAGGGAACGGAGGCUGGCCGUUCACUCUCUCUAGCUUCUUUGCUUUGUCCUGUACCACAAUAAAGAGAAUCUGCACUCUUAA